AUGUCAAUGUCAAAUAAAUGCCACUUCUGUCAAAAACCCAGAUAAACAUAAGUCAAAGCAAACAUCAAUAAAAAUACUCACGGUUUUAUUAAAUUUUAAUUAGUCCUCAAGUAGCCUUCGUUGUGAUGCCAUUAAUACACUUCUCCGAACAGCUGCUUUGACUAAGACGAUGAAUCGACGAAAAAACUUACCUGGUAAGUGCGUCCAAGCAGUGACUCAAAUUCUUACGAAAUCCGCAGAUGCAACAAAAGGGAACACCGUGGGCCGUGCACACUCAACACUCAGCGUCUCGGCGGUAGAUUACUAUCUAAAUCUGCCGGUAUCGAAUCCUCCGUCGCCCGCGAUUUCAACGGUAACCUUAACCCCUGGAAGAAUUCGAAACAUCGAUCAAGACAUGGAGGCUUUGCGAGCGUCCAGACAAGACAAUCCCUUCAUCCAACAAAUUAUAGCCAGCAGAGAAAGUUUAAUAGAUAGUUUAGAAGAGGAGUCAGAUCACGCUAAUUUAAUGUCAAAGGAACUAUCCAUUGAUUUAGACGUAGACCCCCUAACUCUUCCAGAGAUGCACGAACACAUGAUACGAAGCCCCCCGCCGACCACAUGGCCGAAGUCGCCCAAUUUUAAAAUAUUCCAGUUUCCGAACGGAGAGGAGGAGACUUUGCACGUGGAGCUAAACGUGAGUAGGCGCUUUUCGUUGAAAAUUGUUCACAAAUUAUUGCAGACCAAAGAUAAAACCAAAAGUGAUCUAAAACCAAAACAUUCGAGUUGGGACGGGUCUGAAACGUCGCCUCUGAAGUCGCUAUCUAAGUCUCACCAUCACCACCACCACCAAGACAUGUUAUCGUUAUUGACACCAAAUUCGCUUCGAGCUUCUGGCGAGGACAGCAUUCAUCUGAUGGCCGAAGAUUAAACAUUCCAAUGAAUUUUACAUUCCUAUGUGGUAAUGUGAUAUACCGUUUUUCUAGUCAAAGUAUUGCAAAUAUUGUACUUAGUUGAGUUAAUUAUUCUCGUUGAAAAUUUAUGAUGCCAUAUAUACCAAAGAUACAGUGUUCCAAAAUGCCAUAAGUUACUAAAGCGGUUUAGUUGCUUUUAAGUGUCAUAUUUUGUUUACUGGAAUAGAGUUUACUCGGCUUGUAAGAAGGGUAAUUCAUAGCACAAUAAGUUCCAUAAGAAAUUGCGAAAUAUAUAAUUUUUAUAGGAAUAUAUAUUUAUGAAAUGUCCUAGUUUAUCAAGGCAUUGAAAACGGGAAGAGUUUCUUCCCGUUAAAGAAAUUGAUAUAUUUUAAUUAUAUAGCGUAAAUGAGUUAUUACUGUCCAUAUUACGUCAAUUUAAUUACAGGGUGGACCGCAAGUCCAUGACUUGGCGAUAUAGUGUUGAUCUUCAUUUAACUUAGCAACAAAUUCGAGAUUAUUUCUAGUGUAGUACGUUUCAGUGUUCAAAAAAUUCGACUAUUCAACGCAGAAUCUCAAAACCCUUGAGAUUGAUAUUAAUCUAACGUAAAUCUACAACAAUCUCUGAUUUCAGUAUUAUUAUUAUUAUUUUUAAUUGGUUUCAAACGAGCAGCUGAAACUGUGAGCGGUGCUGGUCACCACCCAAAUGGUACUUUGUGAUAUUGUUUGUAGUACCUAAUCUUAGUAUACAAUAACGUUUGAUACAAUUCUUCGAAUUAACAUUUAUAUUUUCCGUGUAUCUUGGAGGUUAUGUUGAGUUUGAACUUUGUACGGCGCGGCUCGAGGUGCAAUUCAUCUUUACAGAUGUAAGUGGUCUUAUAUUAAACUAAUGUAAUAUCUAUGUACAAAAUGCUCUGUGCUGGUAAUUUGUUUUAAAAAGUUGUGUGUCUUUUAUUUACAUGCUGUAUAUUGUAAAAAUGGUGUUGUGUAACGACGAACAAAGACACGUAAAACACGUAAAAUGUUGAUAGAUGGACUGCUGGACAAACAAGUUUAUUUAUUGCUUCUUGGUUUUCUAGCCCAUUCAAAGCUGAUGUUAUAUAUAGACACUUGGUUUAAUAGCAAAAUAUUCUACUGCUUUACUAUUACUAUAUUUACAGCUUGGCCAACUUCGUGGCUGAAGUUCGAGCCUAUCAUUAUUCGUGCAAUUUAUCGAUAGCGAGAGAAUAUUUUAUUGUUAAAUUUAUAGCUGCAAGACAUGGUAAAGCGAAUUAAAAUAAAAGAAGUUAUGAACUGUGUACAUGUUAAACUUUUGUAGAUUAAUGUCGUGUUACAUGUUGAAUAUAGGUGAACAUUUUUCAAAUAAAAGUAUCUAUUAUAAAA